AUGGUCGUCCUCGACAAGCUUCCAGGUCUGGAAGUAAACAUUGAAGUAGAUGGGGUGAAAGUUCAGGAAUACAAUGAUGAUGAGGAAGUAGAAGUCAAGCCAGGACGGGUCGGCGAACACCAAGCCUCGAGAACAGUAUCCAAAUACAUCGAAGCCAUCGAUGGUGCUGAGUUCAGCAUCAAAUGCUUCCUACCAACCCAAUUCAAGAUGAACGCGCCAAACAUCCAAGUAGAUGUGGCUGUCGAUAGCAAUUAUGCUCAGGGAAGAUUAAUACCACAAUGUGAAGCAGGAUCCUUUAAGGAGUUUCAAGGCCCCAGGAUGUUUCAUCCUUCGUCAGGAAAUGCUGCAGGACGGUGGACUUUGCAGAAGUAUAGGUUCUCUAAACUUGAUAUCUCAAAUGAGGAAACUCGACUCUCGAGCUUAAACAAAGAUAAGACCGAAGCCGAAAAAGUUGGUACAAUUGAAAUCAGUAUCUGGAGAGUGUCCGAAACAAUUCCAGUGGCAGCAGCAAGUGGAACAAGUUUUCGGCCCAAAAGUAGCUCCAAUAGCUUCCAUGAGAAGGCGCUCAAAGGUCAAGCUAAAUCUCACAAAGUUUCGUACUCUGCAGGAAUCCCCGUGGGUCCCCAAACUUACGCCACUGCCAUAAAACUUGAUGGUGAGGACUAUCCUAUAGCUAUAUAUAGGUUUAAAUAUCGGUCCAAGGAAGCUCUCAAGCAGUUACUGAUCAUUGAGCGAACACCCGAACCGGAAGACAGCCCAACCCCAGAUCCAGCACCAGAUGUUGAUCUCGAAGAUCUGACGCCUGCUCAACGGGAGCGCGUCAGGGCCUUUCUACGUAAUGAAGGGGUUAAUGCGGGCGGUGCAUCCGACACUCCUGAGAGAAAGAUUAAGCGUGAGCGGAAUGAUGGAGAAGAUUCAAACCAAGCACGACGAAAGAAGUCCAAAAUCACGCAGGUCAUUGAUCUUACCGCGGAUUCUGACGGAGAUGAGUAG